UUCAGUGACGCGGAUUUCAUGUCAUGUGAUUAAAAAUGUCUACUUCGUCGUCGUUUAACCAAAGGAUUAACGAUUUGGAAAGACGAUUAAAGGUUGAAAACAAAUCAAGAGAUCAUGACAGACAACGACACUUAGUUCCCAAUAAUGAAUUGGUAUUUUCCAGACCAUUAAAACUUGAUUCUGGACAUUCAAGUCCCCGCAAACCCAGGGCGUGUUUAAAUGAUGGCAAUCCACAAAGUGUCUUUCAAAGAGGCACAUCAGAGAGUCUAGAGCAUGAUAGAGGGAGUGUCAACGCCAACAUGUUUGGCGGAGAUUUUCCUGCAACAUCAAGGUCAAGCUCAGCGCCCUCCUCUGGUCGUCGCAGACCAGGGGGGAUAAGUCUAGAGUCUGGAGGCAGAAUGAGACAACCAGACAGUGCUGAGAUAGAGCAGAAGUACAAGGAGAUUAUGAAAAUGACAGGAAUAUUAACUCUGAACAAUCAGAAAUACAACACAGAUAUUAACGAGAUGGAACCUUUGGGUGAGCUUGGACACGGCACAUGUGGUCAGGUCAUUAAAAUGAGACACAAGUCAACUAAUCAUCUCAUGGCUGUCAAGCAAAUGAGAAGAUCUGGAAACAAGGAAGAAAACAAGAGAAUUAUAAUGGAUCUCGAUGUUGUGUUGAAAUGCCACGAUUAUCCCUACAUUGUGCAGUGCAUUGGGACAUUCAUCACACCAAGUGAAGUAUGGAUAUGCAUGGAAUUAAUGUCUACGUGUCUUGAUAAGUUACUCAAGAGAACUCGAUUACCCAUUCCAGAGAAAAUUCUAGGAAAGAUGGCUGUAGCAAUUGUAAGGGCACUUGAUUAUCUAAAGGAAAAGCAUGGAGUGAUACACAGAGAUGUGAAGCCCUCUAACAUCUUGUUGGAUCAAAAUGGAAUUGUCAAGCUGUGUGACUUUGGAAUAAGUGGGCGGCUAGUCGACUCGAAGGCAAAGACUCGAAGUGCCGGCUGUGCUGCUUAUAUGGCACCCGAGAGAAUAGACCCCCCAGACCCCCAGCGACCUGAUUAUGACAUCAGAGCUGAUGUGUGGAGUCUAGGAAUUACACUGGUUGAGCUUGCCACAGGGGAGUUUCCUUACAAGGACUGUAAGACGGAUUUUGAGGUCUUAACCAAAGUUUUGCAGGAUGACCCUCCUUUGUUGACUCCAGGCCCCAUGUACUCACAUGAAUUGUGUUCUUUUAUCAGAGAUUGUCUAACAAAAGAUUAUAAAAAACGUCCAAAGUACAGAAAGCUUCUUGAACAUCCCUUCAUUAAGAAAUACGAGAUGGAAAAUGUGGAUGUGGCUCGAUGGUUUGGUGAUAUGUCAGAGAUAAUGGCGUGUUAUAGCUCAUGAUGAGUUCAACGAAAUAGAUUUGAUUUUAUGACAAUAUUCACCUGAUAUGCUGGACAUAAGGGAGAAUAUCGAACCUUGAACAUCAGAGACCCGGUUUCCAUUGAUGUCGAUCAUUUAUCUCCAUGACAACAUGCAGUGCAAAUCCCAGUGGAUUUGUGAAGACAAAGCAGUGUGUUUAGCUUUUGUUGCCAUGGGUGAUGUAACCUUUCAUCAGAUGACAUGUCACUGAGGUGUGUCAGAAUUUCCUCUGCUACUUCCAAGUGAGAUGAAUACAGCAGGACAACACCACACUUUGUAAUUUUAACUUAGGGGUACCUGUGUCAGGUGACCUGGCCUUACUGUCUCUAGCUUGUGUCUUUUUUCUGUAUUUCCCACAGAUUAGUUCGACUUGAUUUACAGUUGUUAAUGGAGUAUUGUUAAGUGUUGAACCGUUAUAUGUUAUGAUGAAUGAGGCAUCCCUGAAGAAAUUUUUUUUGUUUGGAAUCACGUGGAAUCAUAUGCAUAAAUAUGUUUUGUUUUGUAAUUUUUGAAAGAAUGAUAACAUGUCAUGUUAAGGUCGAUCAAUCCUCGUGUGAUGUCAUAGGUUUUUAAAAAUCUUUUUUAAAUUAAAUUUUGCGCAUGAUAGAAAUUUAUCUUUCAGAGGAAUUUUAUUCACUGGAUAAAAUAAAAAAAAAUCUGGUAAAUCAUUGAUUGUGGAAAAAAGUGUAUAUUUUCCAUAGAUUUUAAAUCAAAUUGUUUAUGAUUUUAAAAAUUUAAAAUUUAAAUAUUUCCUCUACAGUGUCUAUUAUACAUGAUUUCCCUAAUAGACACAAUUGAUUUAUACAUAUUUAUAAAUUAACAGUUUUUUUCUAACGUGUUGAUUUGGAAAAAAAAUUGUCAUUUUAAGAAGUUUUUAUCUAUUUUUAUCAUUCUGUUUUACGAAAAUGUGUGAUUUUUUUUAUGUUGACCUAUACUUCUGUUUUUGUAUAUCUGACAUCUUAAAAAGGUGGCAACAUACACAUUUUCUUUGGUUAUUAAUCAAAGUAAACUACAUUGAGUGGAAAUUAAUACAAUUUUUCCACUUUCAACCAUUAAAAUUAAUAAGUCACAUGAAUGAGGGUGGAGCUACCUUAAUGACAGCUUUUUAAAAAAAAGGGGGGGGGUCCAUUUAAUGAUGACUGCUUUUUUUAAAAGGAAAACUUAAAGAAUGUUGAAAAUUGUUGCCUUUUGUACCAAGACACGCAUAUAACUUAUUCAUACCAGCACAUUCAGUUUCUGUGCAAUUGUUUUUUCACUGGUAGUUACAUAAUGUACCAAACUGAAUAUUCUGAGAGGUAACUCUUCCCUACGGUAACUUUUUCCAGAGCUUGCAGCGGUAUCACUCCAUUUUGACGAACAGGACCAGUCUUAGUAGAGUACAGACUGAAUCUCAUCAACUUUUUCUCACACAGUUGAUACCAGUGCUUAUUGUAAUAUUUAUGAUGUACAAAAAUUGUUAUUCUUGCACUUUUGUUGCAAUGGAUGUAUGCUGUCAAAGAUAGUAUUCAUUUUUUAUUAAAAGCAAUGUAGGUCACCUUUUUAGCAAAGCAUUCUUGCACAGCAAUGUUGCUCAGAAUUUUUUUUUUUUUUUUUUCCUAGUCAAAUAACUAAGGAUAUAAGUAUUUGUCUCUUUCCUCUAAAUUCCCACAAGUGCUACAAUUCUAGAAAAAUGAUAAAUGUGCAUGCACAGUCGGGUCAUUGUGUGUGUGAUGCCCGUCAGUGGUUUACAUGAAUCUUUAAAACUGAAUGUAUCAAACUCUUUUGAUAGUGCAGUUAAUUUCAACAGUUUUCACAUGUUCAUAUAACCUACAAAUAAUUUGCACCUUAAUAAUGUCACUAAAGUUCUUCUUUCAUUUUUAAAUCUCCUUGAUAAUUGUAAAAUCAUAUUUGUGUGGCACAGGUGCUUGACAUUUUAAAGAUAUUGUUUUUAAAAAAAUUGUCUUUCUGUAAACAAAUCAUUCAGGAUAUUUUGUUUACAGAAAGACAUUUUUUUAACAUACAUAUAUUUAAAACGUCAAGCACCUGUGUCACGUGGCACAUAAAAGCCCUGAUGAUUUUAAACUCUGACACAAUCGGUUGUAAUUGUUAGUAGUGUUUGUGUGUCUGUUGAACAGAGUCCAUCAUUUUCAGUUUGUACCAUCUAGGAUUACAUAAAAGCAAAUAAGUAAGGAAUUUUCUGGGAAUAUAAUCUCACCAACACAUUGAAAUAAGAACUUUUAUAGUAUGUGAUGUUGAUUGAUUGUGCUGUAUUUUUGAGCAGUGACCAUUUCUCUGUGAGAGGCUGUGUGAUUGUGUUGUUAUUGUGUUCAGAAGCUGCCAACAGCUGAGAGAAUAAAAUAUAACAAACUGUG